UAAAUCCUCCUUAGAAGAGUAAUUUAUCUAUUUAUAGCAAAAUAUUGUCAUCUUAUAAAGCGCGAACAGGUCAUUUAGAUUUCAAAUGCUUUGUGAAAUUGCAGAUCAAGCAACGCAUGUAACGGAAAGUAUAUUUCAUCGUUGCCUUGGGGGUCACUUCAUUUCCGAAGGUGACGUCACAGAUGUAAAUACGACCAGAAAGGCAGUCUGUCUGAUUAGUUGCAAACCACCCAAAUAGAAUGAAAAUAGCUUUUAUAUUGUUGGUUUAAAGUUGAAAAUUGCAACUAUGGAUCUAGAUGAUGAUUUCGAAUAUGACGACGAUAUGUCAGAAGAAGAAGAAAGCGAUGGCGAUGAUAAUUUCGUGGAUAUGGGUCUCGAAACGGAACCAUCGACGACACAAGAGAAACAUGAAGCAGAAGAAUUCCCAUACGAAAUUUUCACAGCGGAUCAAAUUGUCCAGUUCAUGGUUGAUUGCAUUAAAGACGUAAAUGCAGUUGUCCAGAUCCCUUCAACAAUCACAAGGAUUUUGCUUAAUCAUUUCAAAUGGGACAAAGAGAAGUUAAUGGAAAGGUAUUAUGAUGGAGACCAGGAGAGACUCUUCUCAGAGGCCCAUGUUGUCAGUCCACAUAGAAAAGAUUCAUCAGGCAGACCUGCCAAGAAGAUGACACGGUCAGCAUCUGCGGCAGCUAGCCAGGAAGUUACUUGCGAGAUCUGUUGUUUAGGUAAAGUCAUUACGGAAAUGACAGGCUUGGAGUGUGGCCAUAAGUUCUGUGUACCAUGUUGGACAGACUACCUCACAUCAAAGAUUAUAGACGAGGGUCAAGGCCAAACUAUAUCCUGUGCUGCUUAUGGUUGUGAUAUUUAUGUAGAUGAUGCCACUGUCAUGAAACUAGUCAAGGAUAGAAAAGUGAAAUUGAAGUACCAGCAUCUUAUAACUAACAGUUUUGUAGAAUGUAAUAGACUACUAAGAUGGUGCCCUGCCCCAGACUGUGGCCAUGCUGUCAAGGUUGGGUACUUUGACUGUAGACCAGUAACUUGUGCUUGUGGCCACACAUUCUGUUUUGCUUGUGGUGAAAACUGGCAUGACCCGGUGAGAUGUGUUUGGCUUAGGAAAUGGAUAAAGAAAUGUGAUGAUGAUAGCGAAACAUCAAAUUGGAUAGCAGCCAAUACAAAGGAAUGUCCCAAGUGUCAUGUGACGAUAGAAAAGGAUGGCGGAUGUAACCACAUGGUUUGCAAGAACCAGAACUGUAGGGCAGAUUUCUGUUGGGUGUGUUUAGGACCCUGGGAGCCUCAUGGAUCUUCUUGGUAUAACUGUAACAGGUAUGAUGAGGAUGAAGCCAAGAAAGCUAGAGACAACCAGGAGAAAUCGCGGGGUCAACUCCAGAGAUACCUAUUCUAUUGCAAUCGAUACAUGAAUCACAUGCAGAGUCUCAAGUUUGAGAACAAGCUGUACACCUCUGUGAAACUAAAGAUGGAAGAGAUGCAGCAACACAUGUCGUGGAUUGAGGUGCAGUUCCUGAAGAAAGCCGUGGAUGUUCUAUGUCAGUGUCGCCAGACACUUAUGUUUACCUAUGUCUUCGCCUUCUACUUAAAGAAGAACAACCAGUCUAUCAUAUUUGAGGAUAAUCAGAAGGAUUUAGAAAAUGCUACAGAACAACUCUCCGAGUAUUUAGAGAGGGAUAUCACCUCAGACAUGUUGCACGACAUCAAACAGAAAGUACAAGAUAAAUACAGAUACUGUGAAAGCAGACGAAAUGUACUCUUGGAUCACGUACACGAAGGCUAUGAAAAGGAACUGUGGGAGUAUCAUGAUUUCUUCUAAAUUCCAAACCCAACUAUGAUGGCAUUCUGUAAAGCAUGGAUUGAGACUGAAGGGGAGGGAUACUGGACCCAAAAGAGAAAUCAAUGUCCAUACAAACUUGGUACAAUAAGAUCCAUGUGGAAGCCAUGUUGGGAUACACACUUGAUCAGAUCAUCAGAAACAUUGUUAUAAUUUGGUAAAUGGAUCCCGUUUUCGUGAUAACCUUGUAUUUUGUAUGCUCGCGCCAAUGAGUAUUUUCAUCUGUACAUGAAUGCGUAUGUGGAAUAUGUGUACAUUAAAAUAUAUGCUUAUAUGAAUUCUGAAAGUCUGGUUUAAGUUUUGAUCGGUAGUGACGAGUGUUGAUGGAUUAUAGAAUGAAUUAAGAAUGAAACCUGGUGUGAUUUCGUUCAAUCUGCAAUCUAUAGACAGAAUACAGCAUUUUUCUGGAUUCUGUCGCAGCUGGAUAAAGACGGAGAAAUAUUCUGAUGAAAAACAUUUUAUCUAGUUGAGGAUGAAAGGUAAUUUCUGUUUUUAUUUAUUUUUUUUGCGUGUUUAAUGCAAGGAAGAUGUUUUCCUAAACAAGUACAGAAAUCGGAUAUUUAAGAAAUAUUUUUUAUUUGUUCAUGAUAAUCAUUAUAUUCUGCAUCCAAAUCAAAUUUUAUUUUCAGUAAUAAAUCCUGUUUUUUAUUUAUCCUUUUUGUAUACACAUACACUAUGGUUUGACAUAUCAUUGUGUAUAUUCUUUUUUUUUUAUGUUCACAAUUAAAAUAUUUAUGAUAGAGUAACUCCAUUAAUAUAUCUUAACUUUGUACUGAGGGGAAAAAAGCUUUUUACCAGACCUCUCAAUUGAUCCCACACAAGCAUCAAGAAUUGCUAUAGAAAUGUUUUUUUAAAUUGUUUUCGAGACAAGAAGAAAAAAGACAGCAGAAAAACUUGAUGUCGUUAUACAGAACUUUACAUGCACUUUCUUGAAAGAAUAUAUAAAGCUUUGGAAUUUUCCACUUGGGAGAUAUUUCAGUAAAACAUGUAUCCUAUCCCAGGAUUACAGAUGUUUUUUUUUGAGGGGGCAGGGGGUGGGAAACCACUUAUAGUAAUCAAUUAGAGAACUGAAGGCAGGGAACAGAAGUGAUUUUUUUUAGAAUCCUGGGGUUAGGUACCUGUUAUACUAGAAUAGCCCAUAAAUUCUUAUAAUGCACUUGUCUAAUUUGAUGUUAAAACUGUUCACAAUAUGAUUUUCAUCUCAAUAUGGAAACACAUUGCACCAGAAUCAAAUUCACUUUUGUCAUUGAUGGAGACUGUUAGAUAAUAUAGAUAAUUUAUCAAGCAAAAUCUGUUCCAAUUUUGUCAGUAAGUUUAAGACAGGAUCCUCUGGCUUGGUUAUGUGUCUGUUUUUGGAAUAACCAUUAACAUACUAAUUAACAUUGGAAAGAGAAAUGCAUGAAGUAUACAUGGUACAUGGAUCACAUUUCUUAGCAACAGUAUUUAAAAAGAAUUAUCACAAAAGAGAUGGAUUUUGCUGUAUUUAGGAAAUUAUUAAUAUAGAAACAAAAUUAUGUGGAAUUGUCAAGUGAAAUGUAUGAAGACUUUUUGCUGUGGAUCUAAAUAUACAUAUAAUUGUUUAGCAGCAUACAUAGAACUAAACAGAAUGUGUUUGUAACACUGGGUAAUGGUCCAUGUUUGUAUAGAUUGUGGAAGUCUGAACAGCAUGCAAUUGGUUUUUGUUAGAAUCACUGUUAUGUAGUCUGCUUCAUAACAGAGUAUGCUUUGUGGAUUUAGUCAUAUGCUUCCUGCAUCUUCUACAAAUUACUGAUUAUCUCAUAUUAAGAAAUUUGAAGUGCUAUGUGAAGGAAUUUAAAGUGUUUUCAUCGUAAAAACUGUAAAUGGUUACCUGGUUGAUUUUCAAAGCUAAAUAUAUGUCUAUAGUAAGUAAAUCAAAGUUACAGUAUUUAUUCAAAUUCUGCAUGAACCGUCUUUUUUAGAAAGAUAGCAAUUAAAGAAAUUGUACUUCAAGUUGGAACAAUUAUAGUUAGUAAAAUAUUUACAGAUACAUUUGAACACUCUAAAAUACAAAAAGAUUAAUUCUUGCAUAAUCAUGAAAGGUAAUACUGUGUCAGAGUUUUACCUGAAGUUUUUAGAAAGAUAGCAAUUAAAGAAAUUGUACUUCAAGUUGGAACAAUUAUAGUUAGUAAAAUAUUUACAGAUACAUUUGAACACUCUAAAAUACAAAAAGAUUAAUUCUUGCAUAAUCAUGAAAGGUAAUACUGUGUCAGAGUUUUACCUGAAGUAACACUAUUUUCAGCAGUAACACAUAGAAGUUGCUUUGGUAUGUAACUUUCUCAACUUCAUCAUAAUUUAUGUUUAUUUCUGAAUGUUUUUGGUAAACAAACAGCUGCAAAUGGAUAUGUAUGUGUUGAAAAUUAUUGAGAGGGUUUUAAGGUAGAGGGUGUGAAUCUGUGUGAAAAAGCUAUAAACCAAAGGGGUUUUAAAAAGGUUUGCAUUUACUUUCUUUCUGCUUGUUUUCAUCAUCUGUUUUGUAUAGAAUCAGUUCUUGCCUUAUUCAACAGUAAUUUUACAGAAGAUAUCACAACCAUUGAUGAUGAUAUUCAAAUCAAGAUUGUCAGAAGAUUUUUUUUUUUUUUUUUUAAAUUCCUUACCAGUAUUUUAAUUUGGCUUCAAUUAGGUGUCACUUUUUAGAACAGGAAAAUGAUGAAACUUUGGGUGUUUUGUGAGCAGUAUUAAGAAAAUGUGGAUUCUGUAUUCAAAAUUUGAUAAAAAUGGCUUAGUAGCCAAGAAUUCUUUUUCUUUGUACAGAUUAUCUGAUGUAUAACAUUUUGAUAGGUGUUGAAAUUACUGUAAACUGCACUGGCUUGCAUAUAAACAGAGGUAUGCCAAUUAAUUCUGACUGAAACUUAUAGCACAUAUUCUCUUUAUCAGAUUGUUUAGAAAUAAUUCAUAAAAACCUUAUAUGUAUUUGUAUGUAUUAACACCAGUAUUUGUUUCAACACUGCUGAAAUUUUUUUUCAAAAUAUACCUAACAAACAGUCACUUCCCUUUAAAUCCAAUAUUGUAUGCAUAGCUACAAAAAUGGUCUCCAACACCUGUUUUUGUAUCCUCAACCUAUUUGUUUGUGGUCUAGAUAUUUUUUUUUGUUAUGUAGAAACAAAGUAUCACUUGUUUAUAUAUGUUUUAAAGAUUGAAAUAAGAGAUUUAUGCUAUGAUUAAUUUGUUUGUUAUUAAUUUCAUUUAGAACAUUAACAAUCUUUCUGUUGUGCAAUUCAAAAUGAUAGGAUGACUUGUACAACUGUAUUUCUGUUUGUUGUGAUGAUAUUUUGGCAUUAGGUAGGAAGUUUUGCUUAUAUUUAGGAAGAAAGAAAACAUGUGGUUCCUAUUAUGGAAAAUCUAAAUAUUUCUUGUAUAGUGUUCUUUAACUUGGAAUUAUGAUAAAACAGCUAUUUAUGAUUAUUUGGAAACUGAAAGGAACAUUCUCGAACCCUACACCUUUUGAUCAUCCCCUCCCCUCUUCCCACCGAGGAAAAAAAAACAAAAAAACAUGAAAACAAAAGGCUAUAAUUUCUUCUGAUUCACAGAUAUUAAACUUAAGUUUAUAUAGGAUAAAAUCAUGAUGAAACUAACAUCAUUUUGCUAAAUGAAACUUACUCUGCAGAGACCUGCCUAUCCACAAUAUUUUUAGGUUGCCGAGACAAAGUCUCGUGGUGGCCUAUUCUAAUGCCCAUCAUCUGGCGUCUUCAGUAAACAAUUCAACACUUUCAACUUCUUCUAAAAAACUCCUGAUCCAAUUUCAAUGAAAUUUUGCAGAAACCUUCCCUGGCGUAAGAUGAAAUAAAAUUAUGAAUUAUACAGUCCCCACCCCCAAGGAGCCUGAAGGGCAGGCAAAAAGGGGUCAAAUUGACCAAGAUUUCAAAAAUCUUCUCAUAACCCAGAUAUGGUUGAAUCAAAUACUCUUAAUGAACUGAAGAUCCUGACUGGCCCCCAGGGGCUGAUGGUCGGGGCCAAAAGGGGUCAAAUUAACUUAAAUUUCAAAAAUCUUCUUCUCAACACCCAGAUAUGGUAGAAUCAAAUACUCUUCAUGAAUGGAAGCAUUUAAGUGCUCUAAUUACCAAAAUGAGUCUCUCAUUUCUUCCUGGGAAGGAAUAUGUUUUUUGAGACGACCGUAAUUUGCAUAGAAAAAUAGUAUUUUUAAUGCUGGCUAUUUCCCACAAGAAAUAACUUAAUAAGAAUGAUCAGUAUAGGAUGACAGUCUUGAUGGUAUGCAUGUAUUGACACUGGUUUACUAGAUUCAAUGUCAGAAUUUCUGUUUCAUGACACUUGAUAACUGCCUUUUAACCUUUAUGUUCAAAUUUGCUUAUCUCAGGUGACCGUCAAGGCUGUAAGGUCUCUUGUUGCUGCAGUCUCACUUUUGUCUGGUUUGCCCUUUCAUAAAUUAGUAGGAGUGAAAAUAGAAAGUAGCCUAUUCUUCCAUGUUAUUAUAGGUGAAGUGUAUUUAUAUAUUUCAGGGUGCAAAUUUAAAACAUUUGAUGAAUAUAAAAAAUUUGAUUUGAGGAUGAAAAUAACCUUAGACAAAUGUCUCCAUAAUUGAAAAGUAAUAUAUUUUUUUCCCAUUUCGGUGACAUCUGCAAAAUACACAUAUCAAAUAAUUUAGUUACUACAAGUUCUUCCUGAACAUUUGAUAAUGUUAAUCUAAUCAUUUCAUCAUGAUCAAGACCUUGCUGAAUUUUUGCAGCAAUAAGGCCAUGGUACAUGAUAAGCUCUCCCAUCAACAUUAAUGUCCAAUAAUAUAUAUUUCAAUGAUAUUGCAUUAUCCUGCAGUAAACACGCUCCUGAUUUCGGGUAAUUAGUGGUAUAAUGGCCCCUUGAGUAUUUGCAGAGUAAAAAAAACAUACUCUUUAUUGAAACAUGUUUGGCAUUUGGAGUUGAAGGCAUUUUCCAGUAAAAGAAGUCUUAGUAAUUACAUAGGAUUACUGGUACACGACACUUUCAAGAAUCUUUAGAAUGAAAAUAAAAGUGUCUGCUUAUGUUGUGUUCUGUCUAAGUAUCAAGUUUAAAAUCAUUUGUUUUUGUCUUAUUCUCAACUUUUAUUCUUUUCAAUUCUGGAACAAGAUUAUGUAACCCAAAAGAUGUAUGUGAAAGCAUGGUGAGCAAAAUUCAAAGGAGACAACCUGAAGGGAAAUGAUGAAAGAGAAUACAAGGGAGAAAAUUUGAAAAGUGAAAUAAAAAAACUGUUUUAUUUGGAAAAGGAAUAAAAUAUCAGAAAGGAUUGUUUUACUGUACAAAAGACAAAGUAAUGAACAUUCUUUGUAUGCUUAUAAAAGGAAAUUACGAAGGGAAGUUAAAAAAAAAAAUCUUUCACAUUUCAACAUUUAUAAUUGAGUAUAAACCUUAAUACGAUUAAAAUUUGAAAACAGUAUGACAUGUUUCUGAGAAAAAAUCAGAAUUGAGUUGAAUAAUGUAUUCAAAGAAUUUAGUUUUGAUAAUUUACAAAUAUGCUUCGUAAUUAUCAAGGUAUCAUAAAUCCAUAUUUGCAUCAUCUUGUAAAAUAUUUUCACCCCAAACCAUUACAACAUUUCAAAUCAUUGACUGAAAUAUCAAGUAUUUCUUUUGUAAGUCAUGGCGCCCAUUUGAACUCCAGAAGUAAAUAGAUAUUGUACUCAUGUUUAUAGGCCUUCAAAAGCUUCAUAUUUAGAUUUUUUAUUCUCGUAAAAUGUCGAUGUUGCUAUGGAUUAAACGUGAGAGAGAAGUGUGCAUUUCUCAAAAAUCAUUAACUUAACAGGAAUAUGAGGUUUUUUCUUUCAGGAGAAAUUUUUGUGUACAAUCAUGUACGUUGUGAUAUAGUGUUAAAUAAUAAAGAUAACCAAAUUU